AUGACUAAAGAAAUAUUUAAAUAUUUAACUUGGAGAGCUGCUACUGAAUUUAUAGAUUAUAAUUUAUCACAUUCCCAUCUAUGUAUCCUUAAUAGACACAUUUUUUAUUUACAUGUUGAAAAGGCUGGAGGGAUCACAUCCUCCUAA